UGGUCCAUUUGUAGAUGAAGUUCUUGGUCUGUAGAUGAAGUUGGUCCAUUUGUCAGGAAUCCUAGCAUUCCUCUCCAGGCUCAAUCAGUGGGGUUGAAUGAUUCAGAUCUUCACCAAGAGAGGCUUUCAUCUUUUGAAGAGCUAUUCAGCAAUCUUAAAAGGAAUCUUGCUUUUCAGGAGCAACAGCAGCAAGGGACUUUUAAGCCAAACCCUACAGAAUUUGCCUGGCCAGCUCUUUCUGCACUUGCUUCUGGGAUGGAAGGCGAAAAUGUAACUUCUCUAGAUCAAUCUGACCAUCUCUAUAUGCACUCUAACAACCAACUGGGUCCAUUUUCUUCCGGUAACCACUCUAAUGGCCUACAAAUUUUGGGUGAUGUGUAUACUUCUCAUCCAGAUUUAAUUGAGAGCUACCAGUCUAGGCAAAAUGGGCAACUAGAAAAUUGUUGGGCUGGAAAACAAAUGCAACAAUCAAGUCUUGAAGCAGGUCUGCAAAGAAGGGAGUCUGGAGUUGAUUCAAGCACUUGGACAUCAGCUGAAAGGAUUCAUGAAAUCUCUAAGAAAGCUUUAAUGGACGAUCUUCAACAAAAACUUGGUAUUCAAUCCAUGCAGUCAUCAGAAGUGGAUGAGCAAUAUUCUAGUUCACCAUCCGAGCAACAAGCUUCGAAUUUACCUUUCAAUCAUUUGACCGAUCAGGAAGUUCAUGUGAACAGCUCAUUUUCAGAAGGCCCUCAAAAUUCUGGCUCAUUUGCAGAACACUCAUUGAUUUUGGGCUCUGGAGAUCCGUUCUCUAGUAGUUAUGCAGGUGCUAGGUUGACGGAAAAAUCUUGUGGAUAAAGAAUUAUUCGAGGGUAAGGAGAAUAAAAAUGGAUUGAAAGGCAUGAUUUCUCGAAGUGGUUCUGUGUCAGGGUCUAAGGACAAUAUUUUAGAGCAAGUAAAGACAACUUUGGACAGUGGUGUUCUACAAAGUUGAACCCAUAUCCGGCAUGGUUCUCUUAGUACUGGUGGCAGUGGCAAGAUGUACAGUAAUGAUAUUGGAUUGGAUAAAUCAGUUGAACACCCUUCCAAGGAUAGGUUACUGUCAGUUAUGCCGGAAGGGCGUGAUAAAGUUUCACAGGUUUCAUCGUCCCUGGAUAUUUUCUCUGAUCAAAACACGGUGUCAUUCGUGAAGCAGAAAAGUCCUACAAGCCUUGCAACUCACGCAAAAAGGAGUGCAAAAGACGAGGCAUCUGUCAAAAUAGAUGCAGUUAUGAGAAGGACCUCAUCUUUCAACGAUGCUGCAUUGUCUGAGGCAUCAUCAUUCAUCGAGAUUCUUAAGAAGCCAGCUCAUCUUCACGGGACUGAGGCAGCAGCGUACGGUUCUGCUUUCGAGCCUUCAUCCUACUCUGCUUCACAAGCUCCUCGAAGUGGCAAGAAGAAAGGCAAGAAGGGAUGGCAGAUCGAUCCUGCCUUGCUCGGUUUCAAGGUUACGAGCAACCGCAUUUUGAUGGGGGAGAUCCAAGGUAUUGACUAAUUUUUCUCAUCUACACGUACCGUGCCAUGUACAUUCCCUGUAAUUUUUUGCUUGUUUUUGUUAGGCUUCUUUAAGCUUAGUUUGGGUUUAAACGUUAAGCAAUGAGCAAAUCAGAGUUAAAUAUUUGAGAUUGAUCUUCUUUAGAAUC